AUGGAGAUGAGGAGCUGUUCAUCCAGAGACUAUUUUGUGCAAAGGGAGGUUCUGGAUGAGUUGCGUCUGGAUGAAGUGGCGCAAAAAGGGACGUGGUCCACUAAACCAACCCUGGGUGAACGGGUGAAAGAGUCCCUGAGGUGCUCGGUGCCCAGGCUGAAGCGCACAGUGGUGAACUGGGUGCCCGUUCUCGGCUGGUUGCCUCAAUAUUCCAUCAGGGAAAAUGCCAUAGGGGACUUGAUCUCUGGUUGCAGUGUGGGCAUCAUGCAUCUGCCGCAGGGCAUGGCAUAUGCUCUUCUGGCUUCCUUACGCCCUGUGUUUGGCCUGUACACAUCCCUCUACCCGGUGCUGGUCUAUUUCAUCUUUGGUACUUCCAGACACAUCUCCAUAGGUACAUUUGCUGUGAUCAGCAUCAUGAUUGGGACUGUGACAGAGAGGCUGGCACCUGACAGUAACUUCAUUGUAAAUGGCACCAAUGGGACAGAAAGCGUGAACGUCGAUGCACAGGAUGCCAUGAGAGUACAGAUAGCGUGUUCCCUCACUGUCUUGGCAGGAAUCUUUCAGAUCGUGUUAGGUGUGGUGAGGUUUGGUUUUGUGGUAACCUACCUGUCUGAGCCGCUGGUUCGUGGCUACACUACUGGAUCAGCAUGUCACGUAUGUGUCUCACAACUCAAGUUCCUGUUUGGAGUCACGCCGUCGCGAUUCACUGGUCCACUCUCCCUCAUCUACACCCUGGUGGAUGUUUGCCGCUUGCUGCCUCAGACUAAGGUGCCGGAGCUGGUGGUCAGCCUGGUGGCGCUUGCUGUUCUCAUUGUGGUCAAAGAAAUCAAUACCUGCUACAGACAGAAGUUGCCUCUGCCCAUCCCUAUAGAACUUAUAGUUAUCAUAGCAGCAACAAUCAUCACCCACUUCUGUGGACUUAGGAGUACAUACAGCAUUGAUGUGGUUGGAGAGAUACCCAGUGGGCUCAAGGCCCCUCGAGCUCCAGAUACCUCUUUGUUCACAAAGGUGAUAGGUGACGCCUUUGCUGUGGCCAUUGUGGGCUAUGCCAUCAACAUUUCCCUUGGCAAAACAUUUGCCCUCAAACAUGGCUACAAGGUGGAUAGCAACCAGGAGUUGGUUGCUCUGGGUCUUAGUAACACAGUUGGCGGAUUCUUUCAGUGUUACUCUGUGACUUCGUCUUUGUCUCGCAGUCUCGUCCAGGAGAGCACAGGGGGCAAGACACAGGUUGCAGGCGUGAUUUCAUCCAUCAUUGUGCUGAUCACGGUUUUGAAAAUAGGUGCUCUCUUUGAAGAUCUCCCCAAGGCUGUCUUAUCUACAAUAGUGUUUGUGAAUUUGAAAGGAAUGUUUAAGCAGUUCAUGGACGUGCCUAUGCUGUGGAAGACCAACAAGGCUGAUCUGCUGGUGUGGCUGGUAACAUUUACAAGCACCAUCCUGCUCAACCUGGACCUGGGUCUGGCUGUCUCCAUUGGCUUUUCCAUGCUCAUAUUCAUCUUCAGAACACAACUACCCCGUUACUCUAUCUUGGGCCGCGUGCCAGGCACUGACUUGUAUCUGGACACAGACUCCUACAAGGAGGCUAAAGAGAUUCCAGGAAUUAAAAUCUUCCAUUCAUCUACAACUAUCUACUACACAAACGCUGAGAUGUACUUGGAGGCGCUACAAGAGAAGAGUGGAAUUGAAAUCGGGAAGCUGCUGACUGCAAAGAAGAAACAAGACGCGAAGUUGAAGCGUAAACAAGAGACAGAGAAAAAGAAAGCGAAAAAGGAGGCAAAGAAACAAAAAAAAGCAGUCAGCCACCUUUCCAAUGGCACAUUGUCUGUGAAAGAGUUAGAGAUGAAUGAGGGGAAUGAUUCUGCAGCACUGAGGGGACAGAGUCAAGGCAACGGUGCAGCCUUAAGCCUGACAGAGUCCUCUACAAAAGGCCUUAGUAAAGGACAAGUUAACUGGGCUUACCAACAUGACACAACCACGCUGGACUCAGAUUCAGACGCGGGUUGCCACGGCUAUGACAGCAUCAACCAGGUGUCGCACCAUGGUGAUGAGGAGAAGGGAAGGGCCUUCGGAUCAGACACACACAGCAUCAUCUUGGACAUUUCAACAACCAGCUUUGUGGACACAGUCACUGUGAAUACACUGAAAAAUAUUUUCAGGGACUUUGGGCAGAUUGAUUUGGACAUCUAUCUAGCUGGCUGCCAAGCCUGUGUUGUGGAGCAGCUGGAAGCUGCAGGUUUCUUCUCAGAGUCCAUCCCAAAGAGCAGGCUGUUUGUCACAGUUCAUGAUGCAGUGCUUCAUAUUCUCAAGAGACUGGGGCAGACAGACUUCAUACUUGAUAUUUCCUGCAACACCCAGCUGUAACCAUUAGGGGUCAGACUGUUCCAACUCUCGCCAUCUUCCUCCUCCUCCUCCUCCUCUUAGGCUGCUGGCUGUUCCAUUGCGGACUACUGGUCGUCAUUGUCUCCUCCCCCUUCAGCGGGGGAGAAUGCACCACCUUGACAUGGCGGCUGGUUGCCAUGGAAAUGCAGGGAGCCGUUGCUGUGGCAACAGGCUUUUUAUGAUAUUGCCUAAUGAGAUAGCCAGCAAUACGU